CCUAUAUGGUUUCUUUCGUAGUAGAUCGCUUAGGUAGGAGGAAGACACAAGCACUUGAAUGGUUGUGGUUAGGAGGCACAGGUCUGAUUACUGCAGGCUUUUUUUUUGGAACUGAAGGCUCAUCCCGUAGCUUAUAUCAUUUGGGAACAUUCUCAGAUUCCUUUCAAUAUUUCAUUUUCGUUCCUGUAUAUUUGAUUCCUGCAGAAGCCUUUCCAACCAGAGUACGCGCUACUAUGUCUGGUUUUUGCUCUUUUCUCGGAAAGAUAGGCGGAAUUGUGGGUACAACUAUAUUUCCGCAAAUAUGGAAACUGUUUGGAGGAAGAGUUGAAAAUGUUUCAGGAGUCCGUGGAACUAUGUGGUUCAGUGCUGGCUUAGCAUUUGUCGGAUUGACUAUUUGUAUAAUAUUUGUUCCAGAAUACUCCAGAAGAUCAUUGAUUGGAGAAGAUUCGCGGUAUAAUGAACUACGUCGUAGAUAUGCAGCUCGAUUGGCUCUUCGAAUGCAAAUAACAGAUGAAGAACUAGCUUCUAAGAAAAAUAACAUGGUCAAUGUAUGGAGGCUUAUCACAGCUGCCUUCAGGGGAAAGCAAGCGUUUCAUCAUUCUCUUCGUCUGUAUACUAUUCAAUUGAUCCAGCAAUGCUCUCUCCAAGACACGUGCAGGUGCAACAAAGUUUCUGUCCUACCCGUGGAAAAGAAGGUGUUGCCUUGAGACAGAAAUAUUCUGAGGAAAUGGCAACGUAUAGAAGAAUGCCACAAUCAAGAAAAAAUACAUUUGCAACAAGAAGCAUAUAUUAGUAAUUCGUAAUGUCUUGUUUUCAUGAUACUUGUUGUUCUUCCAUUAAAUAUGUACUGUUUGAUUUACACUUAAGACAUGGAUCUAUUCAUUACUCGAACACCAUAACGGGCACCAACUCUUAAGAACACCCUUUUCUUCAAAGUAACUAUUCAGUAUCAUAUGGAAAAAAGCAUUUCGGUGCUUGUAAUCACGCGGCAUCUCCAAAGGUGAUAUCGCAACACUGUACACUUUCCGUCAAGACUUCAAGGAUUACAAAGUAGUUGGUUAUUUUUUCUAUGGGAAGAUUGUGGAACUUGUAAAUAAGUAUCCGAAAAACGGCCUUUCAACGAAAGAAGCGAAAAGUGCGAGCAAUCGAAGUGACAGUUGCCGAAGUUUGGAUUAUGUCGCAUCUUCCAAAGACUUCAAAACCGUUGGAAGUGUCAAAGGUUACGGAAGGUUUAUAACCCAUAAUAUGGAUUGUCUCGGGAAUACUUCAAACCAGAUCGUCUGGAAUCCGUUGUAAUAUCAGUAGACGAGAAGAUAAAGUCACAAGAAAUCCA